CUGCGGCUCAGGCAAGGGAUCCAAGCCGGGAGACAGGAGCCACUGACUGGAGCUGUUCUGCCUCUCCGGGCUCUGAUCCUAAGGCAGGGAUCUGUCUCUUUUACAGGGGCACUGGGACCUACAAUUGGGACAUUUAACCCAUGAUGAGCAGUCUGGCUGGAGCUGUGCCAAGGAUGAUGAGACCAGCUCCUGGACAGAACUACCCUAGAAGUGGCUUCCCACUAGAAGUGUCCACUCCUCUAGGCCAAGGCAGAGUGAACCAGCUCGGCGGGGUGUUCAUCAAUGGCAGGCCGCUGCCCAACCACAUCAGGCAUAAAAUAGUGGAGAUGGCCCACCAUGGCAUCAGACCGUGUGUCAUCUCCCGGCAGCUCAGGGUCUCCCAUGGAUGUGUCUCCAAGAUCCUGUGCAGGUACCAAGAGACCGGCUCCAUCAGGCCAGGAGCCAUCGGGGGCAGCAAACCCAAGCAGGUGACCACUCCAGAUGUGGAAAAGAAGAUUGAAGAGUUUAAAAGAGACAACCCGGGUAUGUUCAGCUGGGAAAUUCGAGAUAAAUUACUUAAGGACGGAGUUUGUGAUCGAAAUACCGUUCCUUCAGUCAGUUCCAUCAGCCGUAUACUGAGGAGCAAAUUUGGGAAAGGAGAAGAGGACGAUGUAGAGAUGGAUAGGAAAGAUCAGGAGGAGCAAGAGAAGAGGACAAAACACAGUAUUGACGGGAUCCUGAGAGAGAGAGCUCCCUCAUCGCCACAGUCUGAAGAAGGUUCCGAUAUUGACUCCGAACCAGACCUCCCGCUGAAGAGGAAGCAACGUAGGAGCAGAACCACCUUUACUGCUGAGCAACUGGAGGAACUUGAGCGAGCAUUCGAGAGAACUCACUACCCAGAUAUUUACACUCGAGAGGAACUAGCUCAAAGAGCAAAGCUCACUGAGGCACGAGUGCAGGUUUGGUUUAGUAACCGACGUGCCAGAUGGAGGAAGCAAGCAGGAGCCAAUCAGUUAAUGGCAUUUAACCACCUGAUUCCAGGGGCUUUUCCAUCUGCAGGGAUGCCAGGUCUGUCCGCCUACCAGUUAUCAGAGACAUCCUACCAACCAACUUCUAUACCACAAGCUGUGUCUGAUCCAAGCAGCACGGUUCACAGGCCCCAGCCUCUCCCUCCGAGCAGUGUUCACCAAAGCAGCCUUCCUUCCAACCCUGAGAACAGCUCGGCCUACUGCCUGCCCAGCGGCCGCCAUGGAUUUUCCAGCUACACAGACAGCUUUGUACCCUCAUCCGGGCCUUCCAACCCCAUGAACCCCACCAUUGGCAAUGGCCUUUCACCUCAGGUAAUGGGUCUUCUGACGAACCACGGAGGAGUGCCUCAUCAACCACAGACUGACUAUGCUUUAUCGCCUUUAACUGGGGGUCUUGAACCAACUACUGCUGUAUCAGCCAGCUGCAGUCAGCGACUAGAACACAUGAAGAGUUUGGAUAGUCUAUCAUCAUCCCAGUCAUACUGCCCAGCAACCUAUAGCACAUCAGGAUACAGCAUGGAGCCUGUAACGGGGUAUCAAUAUGGCCAGUAUGGACAGAGUGCCUUUCAUUAUCUGAAGCCAGAUAUUGCAUAGAGAGACUGUGGCUCUGAUGACGUUAUACCCGGAAGUUUAGACAGGAUGGAUAAUCUCAUCCAUUAGUAGCCCCAACUGGAGCUUGACUGCAAGACAAACAAAUAGACAAUAAUUACUUCUCCUUUUACAAAAGUGCAGUCGAUGAUGGAAAAUACUACCAUCAAGGCGAUCAUAUAGGGCAAAACUGGGCAUCCUGUAUUUCUGCUGGACAGACUUAUCUGGCUCUAGAGACUGAACAACUUUUACAAGUGUACAACUCAACAGAGCUCUGGCUUAUACGUCAUAGGUUUUCCUGGCCUUCACACACAUGGCUUAACACUAUCCAGGUCAAAGGAUAGGCAAUGAAAAUGACAAGAGCGAAUUGGGAGAGAGUCUAUUUACCUCCUCCCGAUGAGACAGCUAUUGAGGAGAAACCUAUUUUGCACAUGACCACACAACUGGCACGGAACAAGGAAGACAUGAGAUUCUGUGCCAGCAAGGACCCGGUCAUGUUGAAACGUUGUUGUUGUGCAGCUUGUUUUGACUGUAUAGAUAACAUUCCAGUUCUUCAUGUUACAACCUCAGGUGGGAUCUUCCACUUGAUAUUUAAGGUUGACGUAAAUAGACAAACGAUGACUAAUGUUUAUAAGGACUUUAUUAGGAUUAACACCCAGCAUUUAAGAACUGGCAGACACAUUUGGCAAAUAAUUGACAGGGGAACACCCAGCGCCAGUUUCUGAUUGAAUGAUAUUGAUCUCUAGGCUGUCAAUUAACGUGCAAUACCAUACCUCACUUUAAGAUCCCUGUCACAUCUUACUAAUACAGUGCAAGUGUAUUUUUCUGCAAGCAUUUCUCAUUUUCAAGGAAUUUUCUUGCACUUGAUUUCACACUUUUCUAUAUGGGAAGGCAACACUUUCUAUUUUCUAGCACAGGAGAAAAGGAACUCCACUAUGUUGUCUGUUACGCUUUUCUCCAGACUGGAGGUAGGCAACCUGCCGUUUGCCAGCUGUUGGUGAAAGACCCAGGUUGCCCUGCCAGGUAAUGGCAGGCGGGUUAUUACGGGACUUCAGCAGUAAUUAGCAAGCCAUGGGUUGCUUAAUCCUACUCUAAAGACAUUUCCGAAGUUUUAAGAGUUGGUUUAUGGGAUUCCAAAUUAGUAUCAGGCAACUUUCUGCAUUCCAGAUUCUGCUGAUCACUUGGGAUAAGAUAAGUGAUAAUUCAACAUUACUUAUUCUAAAGCUUUAGCCAGAUAAAGCAUUACAAUACACAUGGUUUUAUUCUUUCAUUAAAGCGAACCCUUUGCUAACAUGCACAGCGGAGGCAGCCAUGUAUGGGCUGACCCUAAUCACUAGGAACUAGUGAUAAGGCUGAGGCGUUUGCAUGCAGUGGGUGCACUUUAAAGAAAAAAAAAAGUUGGACAAAAUGGAGUUUCCUAUGAACCACUUUCAUUGCUAGAUGGGUAUGCAAUAAAAAAAGGUUAAAAAAAAGUCUUAUAACAAAAAUGUAAUAAUUAUGUUGGGGGUUGAUGAAUUACAGUCUUAUUUAUUUCUUCGGGUUUUUUUUCGACAAGCAAAGCGAGGUAGAGCACAAAAACAUUCCUUAAAGAAUGAUGGGUAAUUAAAUAGGGGGUCUAGCUAGGAUAAGGUUAACGCUGAGAUCACACUUUUCGUCUUAGAGGUGAUGGAAGGAGUUACAUUUUAUCUGUGUGUAGUCGGUGUUACCGGCAACAGAUGCUGCAAUAUGUUUCAUGUAAAAAAAAGUGCAGUAAAUAUUUACUAUUUAUA